AUGGAGGGCGGGGGGGCCUCUCCUGUUGUAAGGAGAGAUGGGGGCGGGGGGGGGGUGCAUGGGGGCAUGGAGCGGGUGCUGUGUGGUGCUAAGCCCCUGUGCGCUGCCCCACACCGAAGUGCUUUACCUCGAAUAAAGCUGGGUGCGCGUCAGCGGGGUGUGGGCUGUUUCGGGGGGGCACAGCUCGCCCCGCUCCCGGGCGGGCUCCGCCACGGCCGGGCCACACACGUGGAGGCAGCGGCGGGGGCCGCCCCGCGCUCCGCUUCUCCCCGCCCGUUCCCGCAAGCCCCGCCCCCAGAGGGUCUGGCCCCGCCCCGCGUUCCCCGUGCGCGCGGGGUGCCCGCGAUAUCGCGACAGCGACCGGCGCGAUACGGCCGCGACUGCUUCAGGACACAUCCUGCUCCCACCAGCACCAUGGCAUUGGGGUGGUCCUGCUGGGUCUUCCUGCUGCUCCUGCCUUCCCUGGCCUGCGCCAGGGGGCCGGGCCCUGUCCUUGUCAACCGCCCCUUUGUCACCAUCUGGAACAUCCCCACGGAGCGCUGCGCCGAGAAGUACAACGUCACCCUCAACCUGGAGGUCUUUGAUGUGUUGGCCAACGACCAGCAGUCCUUCACCGGGCAGGACAUCACCCUGUUCUACAGCAAGGAGCUGGGGCUCCUCCCCUACUACACAUCUGAGGGGAUGCCAGUGAACGGGGGCCUCCCCCAAAAUGCCAGCCUGCAGGCCCACCUCCAGCAGGCCACCUGGGACAUCAAGUUCACCCUGCCCAGCCCUGCCUACAGAGGACUGGCCGUCAUCGACUGGGAGAAGUGGCGCCCGCUGUGGGUCCGCAACUGGGCCUCCAUGGACAUCUACCAGCAGCAGUCGGAGGAGCUGGUGCGGCAGCAGCACCCGCAGUGGCCCCCCGAGCUGGUGAAGGAGGCGGCCAAGCAGCAGUUUGAGCAGAGCGCCCGCAACUUCAUGGAGCAGACCCUGCGGCUGGGUGAGACCCUCCGUUCCGACAGCUACUGGGGGUUCUAUGGCUUCCCUGACUGCUACAACAAUGACUUCGACAGCCUGCCCUACACCGGGAUGUGCCCAGUGGUGGAGCAGCAGAGGAACAAGGAGCUGUGGUGGCUCUGGGAGAGCAGCCGGGCGCUCUACCCCAGCAUCUACCUGCCCUCCUCCCUCAACGGCACCAACAAGGCGCUUGCCUACGUCCGGCACCGUGUGGCUGAGGCUUUUGCCAUGCAGCGUGGUGUCCUUGAUGGUGGCAUCCCUGUUCUGCCCUACUCCCAGAUUGCCUUUGACUGCACAGUCAACUUCCUUUCCCAGGAGGACCUGAUGAACACCAUCGGGGAGAGUGCAGCUCAGGGUGCUGCUGGCAUAAUCCUCUGGGGCAGCCUCAACUACAGCAACUCCAAGGAGAUGUGCCUGAGGCUGAAGGACUAUGUGGAAGGGCCACUAGGCCACUACAUCGUCAAUGUGACGGCCAGCACUGAUCUCUGCAGCCAGAGCUUGUGCUCCGGCCAGGGCCGAUGCGUGCGCAAGGAGGACAAGCAGGGCUUCCUCCACCUCGACCCCUUCCGCUUUGCCAUCAACCUGCAAGCUGGCAAGCCCUGGCUGGUGACCCAGAGCCUGGAGUCCACUGAUGACACCCCGAGGCUGGCUGAGCAGUUCAGGUGCCAGUGCUAUGACAAGUGGCAGGGGCCCCGCUGCGACACUCAGGACACCACUAGGUAAUGUGCACAGGGAUAGCGGGGCAGGCAGGGUGACACUGCCUCACGCCCCAGAACCCUCACCAUGGGGGUGGGACCCCCUGUGGCACCGCUAAUAAAACCAGUAGGCACUCGCAA